AUGACGACGACGUCCUCUGCGAUGCCUUACUAUGCCAGCCACAUAGCGCGGCAAGAGCGAGCUGUUGACAUGGAGAUCCCGGAAGUGGGCAUCGAUGCACGCCAUUGUGUGCGGAUGGUCGAGGACUACCAUCUACUGGACUUUUCCGAGCGCUUGAACACGAGCUCUUAUGUGAAUGUCGUUUUCGAGCCAGAAGAGGAGCGGGUGGCGUUGAUGGGUCUGAAAGUGAACUUGGCCGACCAGACGGUCUACCCGGAGUCCUUCCGGAUGCACAACGACACCCUGAACAUGAUCGCGAAGCUUUGGCACUGCCCUGUACCGGAUGACUUCGACUCCUACGGCUGUUACGCCGGCGCUGGCACUGUGGGCUCCACCGAGGCUUGCCUGUUAGCGGGGCUGGCUUUGAAGUUCCGGUGGCGGAAGUGGUACGCACAGAAGAAAGGCAUGAAAGAGCACGAAGUGCGGGGCGUCUAUCCCAACUUGGUGAUCUCGACUAUGUUCCAGGCUGCCUGGGAGAAACUGUUCAAGUACAUGGACAUCGAGCCGCGUUUCAUCUCUCCCAGCUAUAAGACCUUUGUUCUUGAUCCAAACAAGAUUGGCGAUUACAUUGACGAUCAAACUAUUGGUGUGGUUUGCAUCAUGGGCAACCACUACGGAGGCCAGUACGAUCCUGUGUGGGAUAUCAGCAAGAAGCUGGAGACGAUCAACAAGGAGAAGGGCCUGGAGGUGGGCAUCCACGUUGACGCCGCCUCCGGCGGAUUUAUCGCCCCUUUCCAGGAAGGCCUUCCACCAUGGGACUUCCGUCUGCCAAACGUUUU